AUGACUGAAAAUAAAGAACUUCAUUUUGAAACACUUCAAUUACAUGCAGGUCAAGAACCUGAUGCUGUUACACGUGCAAGAGCUGUACCAAUUUAUGCGACCACUUCUUAUACAUUUAAAAAUUCUGAACAUGCCGCAAACGUUUUCGCUGGUAAAGAAUUAGCACAUAUUUAUUCAAGGAUUGAUAAUCCAACAUUAUUUGUAUUUGAACGGAGAAUGGCUGCGCUUGAAGGUGGUGUUGCUGCAAUGUCUACAUCAUCCGGACAAGCUGCACAAUUUAUUACGGUUAUUAACCUUUGUGUAGCAGGCGAUAAUAUUAUUUCAUCAAGUUAUUUAUAUGGUGGAACUUAUAUUCAAUUCAAGGUUACACUUCCAAGAUUGGGAAUCAAUGUUAAAUUCGUUCAAGGGGAUGACCCGGAAGAAUUCGCUAAAUUAAUUGAUGAUAAUACAAAAGCUAUUUAUCUUGAAUCUAUGGGUAACCCGAAAUUUAAUAUUCCUGAUUUUGAAGCAAUUUGUAAGGUUGCUCAUGAUGCUGGAAUACCAGUUAUUGUCGAUAAUACAUUUGGUGCAGCUGGUUAUCUUAUUAAACCUAUUAAGUAUGGUGCAGAUAUAGUAGUUCAUAGCGCAACAAAAUGGAUCGGUGGACAUGGUACAACAAUCGGUGGUGUAAUUAUCGAUGCAGGUAAAUUUCCAUGGAAUAAUGGAAGAUUUCCGGGAUUUACCGAACCAAGUCCAGAUUAUCAUGGCUUAGUUUAUUGGGAUCAUUUUGGAUAUAAUUCAUUUAUUACUAAAGCAAGAUUAGAAAUUAUGCGUAAUGUAGGAGCAUGUCAAAAUCCUUUUGGAGGAUUUUUAUUAAUUCAAGGUCUUGAAACUUUAUCAUUAAGAGUUCAUAGACAAGCAGAAAAUUCUUUAGAAUUAGCAAGAUGGUUAGAAUUAAGGGAUGAUGUUUUAUGGGUUUCAUAUCCUGGACUUGAAUCACAUCCUUAUCAUCAAAAUGCUAAAAAAUAUAUGCAAAAUGGUUUUGGAUGUGUUUUAACUUUUGGAGUUAAAGGAGGUGAAAAUGCUGGAAGUGCAUUUAUUGAUGCAUUACAACUUGCCAGUCAUCUGGCUAACGUUGGUGAUGCGAAAACUCUUGUAAUACAUCCUGCUUCAACAACGCAUCAACAAUUAAAUGAUGAAGAACAAAUAUCUGCAGGGGUAAGCAAAGAGAUGGUACGUGUUUCUGUUGGUUAUGAAAAAAAAAAAAAAAAAAAAAAAGUUUUACAAAGAGGUUUUAAAAAGAAUAAUUGA